AUGUCCGCCUCCUCAAGGAUUCCCGUCAUUGCUCAGCCCUUUGUAAGCGAUCGGGCAAAGAAGGUUCUUGAUCUGGUCGAAGAGUUCGUCGAGAAGGACUGCAUCCCCGCCGAACCUCUGUUCCAGGCCCAGCUCGGCGAGGGCGAGAAGAGAUGGCAGACCAACCCAGCCGUGCUGGAAGAGCUCAAGGUCAAGGCCCGCAAGCUGGGUCUGUGGAACAUGUUCCUGCCCAAGAACCACUUCUCCCAGGGCGCUGGCUUCAGCAACCUCGAGUAUGGUCUGAUGGCCGAGUAUCUGGGCAAGAGCAAGAUUGCUUCCGAGGCGACGAAUAACUCGGCCCCUGAUACCGGGAACAUGGAGGUGCUGGCCAAGUACGGCAACGAGGCGCAGAAGCAGCAGUGGCUGGCUCCCCUGCUCGAGGGCAAGAUCCGCUCCGCUUUCCUCAUGACUGAGCCCGAUGUCGCCUCGAGUGAUGCGACCAACAUCGAGCUGAACAUCCGCCGCGAGGGCAACGAAUACGUUCUGAAUGGCUCGAAAUGGUGGUCCUCCGGCGCCGGUGACCCCCGCUGCCAGAUCUACCUGGUCAUGGGCAAGUCCGACUCGACCAACCCGGACCCCUACCGCCAGCAGUCCGUGAUCCUGGUACCCGCCGGCCUGCCCGGCAUCACCGUGCACCGCAUGCUGACCGUGUACGGGUACGACGAUGCCCCACACGGCCACGGCCACAUCAGCUUCAAGGACGUGCGGGUGCCCGUCGCCAACAUGGUCCUCGGCGAAGGCCGCGGCUUCGAGAUCAUCCAGGGCCGCCUGGGCCCCGGCCGCAUCCACCACGCGAUGCGCACCAUCGGCGCCGCCGAGAAGGCGCUCGAGUGGCUCAUCGCCCGCGUCAACGACGACCGGAAGAAGACCUUCGGCCAGCCCCUGUCCGCCCACGGCGUCAUCCUCGAGUGGAUCGCCCGCUCGCGCAUCGAGAUCGACGCCGCCCGCCUCGUCGUCCUCAACGCCGCCAUCAAGAUCGACCAGGCCGGCGCCAAGGCCGCCCUCAAGGAAAUCGCCCAGGCCAAGGUCCUCGUCCCCCAGACCACCCUCACCGUCAUCGACCGCGCCGUCCAGGCCUACGGCGCCGCCGGCGUCUGCCAGGAUACCCCGCUCGCCAACCUGUGGGCCAUGAUCCGUACCCUGCGCAUCGCCGACGGGCCCGACGAGGUCCAUCUGCAGCAGCUGGGCCGCCGCGAGAACAAGUCGCGCCAGGACGCCAUCGUCGCCAAGCUGAAGUACCAGAAGGAGGAGGGCGAGCGCUUGCUGACGGCCAGCGGGUUCGCCAAGCCCAAGAGCCAUCUGUGA